GAGUUUCACUUGGGAAAUUAAAGAGGUGCCAUUCUUUAAAGUUGUUACGAAGCAGAGAUAAAGAGAAAUUAUCCAGGAGUAACUCCUUCAAGUCUACUGGCACAAGUCCAGGACCGAAUCAUGAUUUCAAAAAUGAAAUAGAAAACAUCGAGACCAUCAAAAAGGAAAAGUCGUCAUCGAUGUUCAGUAAGUGGUUUCGUCGAGGACGCUGGGACAAAAGUCGUCCAAAGUCCAAAGGUACUUCCUCAUCUACACAGUUUCCGCCUAGAGAUUGGUCAGAUCCAGAUUAUGUCCUGUUUAACUCCAGAGCUACUCAAACCUUGGAACGAACGGAUGGAGAACACAGGAUUAAAGUUCGAUCGAGUAGUCUGAACAGAACGACAAGCAAGGAACGUCACUCUCAAGUUUUGUCUUCCACACCCGCUACGCCUCGUAUAGCCCACCGAAACAGCAAUCGCCAUCAACACGCUUCUGAUUCGUACCAUUAUCGUUCAUCCAGUCUUCCGAGGAAAAAAUCACCAUCUCCUAAGCGGGAAUCUCGAGCACACUUGCCAGAAAAUACUUUCCCAAGAGUUAGUAAUGGCUAUCAUCUCCCAUCGCCAAACCAACAAGAAGAUGCGAAAAUGAGACCUAGGUAUGAAUCUCCGUUCAGUCCAUUUACAUCCAGGAGAAAGACCCAGUCGCUGCUAAUGGCUAGUGACAAAUAUGCUGAUAAUGUCCAGGAUAAAAAUUCCAGUCAUAAUAAUACAAACACUAUGCCAUACCAUUCUACCAACAUCAUCAGAUCUCCCCCAACGACUAAGAAACUGCCUUCGUUUACGCCAGUGGAAAAGAAAGUGGAAUCAUCCGCUGGAUGGAGAAGACCAACAUCACUGAUGUCAAAUCUAACACAAGUUACCUCUCUAGAUGAACCUUUGAAGCAACCGCCUGUUCGUGUUAUACCUCGUUUAACUUCCAAACCAAGAGAAAUAGCGAGUGUUCCUCCCUCUAAGCCGCUCCCAAUGAACCAUACAACAACAUCAAAGACGAUUGUUGAUGAGUUUAAAACUUCUGAAACCAUAACUAAAACUUUUCCAGCUAAUGGAAAAGAAAUCAGGUUGGGAACUACUGUUGAUGUUGAAAUCAGUGUGGGCAACAAUCAAAACCCACAGAACAAGAAAACUUUGCUGACAACUGACCUGGACAGUCCAAUUAAAAGUGACUUAUUGAAGAUUGCCACAUCGUGGAAUCAUUCAAUUAAAAGUAAUAACACAAAAAUGUCAUCCGAGGAGUUUAACAAAUCUAGCACAGGGAUCCCUAAAUUAACAACUACAACGAAUAUCACUACAAGUCUCAGCCGUGGGCCCAUAAAAGAAAAUCAACGAACUGAAAAGAUUGCUGAAACAUCACCAAAAUCUAAUUUAAAGAAUGGUUCAGUAAUUAAACAAAAUACCUUUUUGGACUGCAGUACAGGUAGAGAUUCUCCAAGUAAAGAAACAGUUUGCAGCAGUUCCCCCAGAUCAACAUUGACAGCGGACGCAAAAUCGGAAUUCUUUUCUGAAUCACCAAAUUCUACGACAGAAGUUCACGUUUCUAAGGAUGACAGUGGAUUUUCAUCUUCAGCUUCCACUUCGAGACCAAUGAGUGUCAGUCCAUGCUGAAACAACGUUUUCCUUCCAAAGGACUUCGCACAUGCGACUAAAUUUACCGGUGCAUCUUUUUUUGUAAAUUGCUGUUAUGUCCGGCACCAAAUGAGAAAAGUGUGCUGAGAGAUAACAUUAUAUUGAGCCAUAUCUGAUUAAAAAUAAGGAAUAAUGCUUAUUUUAGUCAUUUACUCUGCCAUUUAUGUAAUCUUUCUUUUUGAAACUGUAGGUGUUUUGAGGGAAACGAAUUUUUCGACUUUUAACUGCCAAUCUGUAACGUUUACACUUAAUGUUUCCAUUGAAGAAUGUAAUUUCUACCUUAGUUUUUGAUCGUAUUUUUUCUUAUUCGUAUUUGGAUGACAAAAAUAACACAUAAGCCAGUAAAAUACAUUAAAAUUAAGUACUGAGGGAAAAUACUGUUAUAUUUGCAAUUUUCAAAUUAAAUUUUAGAGUAUAAGACUGCUUAGUCUAAUGUUAUUGUUCUAUAUUCCAUUCAGUUAUUGUAUAUAUGUGUUUCUACUACGUAUAAAUUCUGUGAACUGUAGCUUCAGUCAGAAAUGUUUUUGUAAGCAAUUUUAUGUAUUUUGUUUUCCAUUGAAGAUAUCCCAAGUUUCUAACAUAUGAUACUUUUAAGGUAUCUCCUCAUCCAUUUACAUAAAAACGCACAUUAAUUGUUCAUUAUUGAACAAAUAUCAUCAUUCUGAAGGUUCUUAAAAAGGCAAACAUUGGUUGUUAUUUCCAAUUUAAUUUUGCUUUACCGUGAAUGUAUAAAAGUCGUGAAUUUUAAGUGUCUUUGUAAAUGGAUGAAAUGUGCCUUAGUAGUUUUAUUAAUAUCGUAUUUGAAUUUGUACUGAAACUGAUGUACUAUUUGCUUAUAAGUCUUUCUAUUGUUCUUUUGCCUUUUUUUAUUUCCGUUGGGCAACUUACUGAAAGAAAGAAAAAAAAAAAAAAAAAA